UAUAUAAAUCCAACGGGGCCCAAAUAUACAAAGACCUCUCCAGAUUCCUAUUUGCGAGAGACAGUCUGUCUCAUCUCGCCUCGUGGGCUGCUUCUUGUAACUCUCCUUCUUCUUCUUCCUCCGCAUUUUCUUGGGUUCUCAGAUAUCUGCUUCUUCUGCCCCCCAGAAGCUGCUUUUCCAUGGCUUCCAUUGUUGAAUCUGGCUGGAGGUAUCUGAUCACAAAUUUCAACGACUUUCAACUGGCAUGUCUAGGAAGUUUCUUUCUCCAUGAAAGUGUUUUCUUCUUAUCUGGACUCCCUUUUAUAUAUCUUGAGAGGGCAGGAUGGCUGAGCAAGUUCAAGAUUCAGACAAAAAAUAACAGCCCUGCAGCUCAGGAGAAAUGUAUUACUCGCCUAGUCCUGUAUCAUCUUUGUGUCAAUCUGCCAGUUAUGAUUGCUUCAUAUCCCGUCUUCAAAUUCAUGGGCAUGCGGAGUAGUCUUCCAUUGCCGUCCUGGAAAGUUGUUUCCACUCAGAUCAUUUUCUACUUCAUCCUUGAGGAUUUUGUAUUCUAUUGGGGACAUAGGGUUCUGCAUACAAAAUGGCUGUACAAGCAUGUGCAUAGUGUCCAUCAUGAGUAUGCUACACCAUUUGGACUGACUUCUGAAUAUGCUCACCCCGCCGAGAUAUUAUUCCUUGGCUUUGCCACCAUUAUUGGUCCUGCCAUUACUGGGCCCCACCUAAUUACUCUGUGGUUAUGGAUGGUACUUAGAGUGCUGGAGACUGUCGAGGCACAUUGCGGUUACCAUUUCCCAUGGAGCCUCUCAAACUUUUUACCUUUGUAUGGAGGCGCUGAUUUUCACGACUACCAUCACCGUUUGCUUUACACCAAGUCUGGCAAUUAUUCAUCAACUUUUGUUUACAUGGACAGGUUAUUUGGAACUGAUACAGGUUACAGAAAGCUGAAAGCGCUGAAGAAAGCCGGAGUAGAAGAUGACAGCAAGGAAAUGUGAUGUGGGAGCCAGAAUUUUUAUGAACUAACUGGACAUGAGUAAAUCGGUUCUUUGAUUUAUGGGCAGUACUGAAGAUGUUUCUGUGUCUGUCCCCGCCUCAUCCCGUAUUCCACCGCAUUUUUGUGUUUGAUUUCUUUCUGAUUUAGAGCUUAUGUUAGUGUGGAAUCAGUGGAAAUGCUUGAUGGACAUUUGUGCGCUCCUUUUUCUUACAUGAAUGAAGAAGCUGCCCUUCUAUUCUUUCCU